AAAAGGCUAAAAAGAGGUUUUAUUUGCGAAAAAAAAGAUGUCAGAACGUAGAAAAACUACUGGAACAGUUAUUUCAGAUGUUCCUGUUUUUUUUGAGGAUUUAAAUGGUGAAAAAAGGACUAAAAUUGAGCGUAUAAGGCCGUUACAUGAGUCGAGGAAAAUAUAUUUGAAGAUGGGGUUGAUUACUAAGGCAGAUGGUUCAGCUUAUCUUGAACAAGAACGGAUAAAAAUGGUUUCUGCAGUUUAUGGUCCUCAGCAAUUUAAGAAGGCUACGUCUUUUCAUUCUACUGCUCGUCUUAAUUGUGAAGUUAAAUAUGCAUCAUUUGCGUUAAAACAAAGAUAUUAUCAUAAUCGAGAAAUAAUUGAGAAAAAUAUGUCUAUGCAUCUUGAGGCAGCCAUAUCUCCUUCAAUUCAGUUGGAUAUUUUUCCUAAAUCUAUUAUUCAUGUUUAUGUUUUUGUCCUUGAGGCAGAUGGAGAAUCAUCAACGUUUGCAGCAGCUAUCACAUGUGCUUCUGCUGCUAUUGCUGAUGCAAGUAUAGAAUGUAUAGAUUUGGUUACAGGAUCAGCGGCAGUUAUUAAUAAAAAAAAUUGUCUUGUAAUGGAUCCUACAGAUGAUGAUGAAAUUGAAAAAAUGUUUUCUAUAGUUAUUGGAUAUAUGGCAGUAAGAGACGAAUUAACUGAAUUAUGGUCAUAUGGCUUAGGAUUAAAUUCAACGGAUGAAUGUAAAAUAGAUUAUAUUAUCAAUAAAUGUAUCUCUAUGGCAUCGGAUUAUCGGUUUGUAUUAAAUAAUGCUAUUAUGCAAAAAUUGGAGGAACAAUUGCGUUUAAAUGAAUUGAUGCAAAAAUAA